AUACAGAGGAUUUGAGUUUAUAAUCUUUUACUACUUUGAAUCAUAUUCAAACGACUUUGGAUUAUAUAAUUAAGGGUUUCAUUUUAUUUCAGUGCUCGCCGUAAUGAAACUGAUCUUGAGAGGGCAGUUGGUAGCAAGAAUUCUGACUUUGGUGAACCAACGUUGAAGUGUGGCGGCUUGAAGAAGAAAGCAAGCAAAAGGAAGAAACAACUUUCCAGUAGAACCAUGAUGAAGGUUGAUCCUUCUAAUUCCAAAAUUGACUUGGUUGGGGAAGAUAGUAGUAUCCGGAAGAAUGUUGAGGAGACAGAAAAUGGAAGGAAGAAUGCCAUGCUACAUCCUGCUGCCAAAUCAAAAGGCAGUACUGCUGCUUCGGAAGUGGAAAUCUCAGCAGCUCCAGACGAGGAAGAUGACAAUGAUAGUAAGAAGACAGCUGAAAAUGAGAAGUCUGAGUUGAUUGAAUUGGCUUGUAAAGCAGAAACAUUUGUAGAAGUGGAACAUGUCAGCCAUGAUUCCAUUCAACAUGGGAGUCCAUCUGCCUCGGAGAAUAGAACAAAUGAAACUGAUCCUGGGAAGGCAGUUGGUAGCAAGAAUUCUGACUUUGAUGAACCAACGUUCAAAUGUGGUGGCUUGAAAAAGAGAGCAAGCAAGAGGAAGAAACAGACUUCCAGUAGCGCCAUAAUGAAGGCUGAUCCUUCCAACUCCAAAAAUGAUUUGGUUGGGGAAAAUAGUAGUGUCCGGAAAACUGUUGAGGAGACGGAAAAUGAAAAGGAGAAUGUAGCGCCGCAUCCCGCUCCCGAACCAAAAGGCAGCACUACUUCGAAAGUGGAAAUCUCCGGGGCAGUAGACGAGAGCAGCCCUGUUCAUCAUGGGGAGAUUGCUGGGAAAUCAGUUCGUAAACCCAAUAGCAAAACAUCGAGGACUAAUGAAAAAUCGCAGAAGGUUGAUUCUAACAGCCCAGGCAACCGCUGCAGAAGGUUUUGAACAGAAUGAAAAACGAGCCUUCAUGUUUUAUAUUGAGUGGCCACAGACUGCAGAGAAAAGAAUUUCAGCAAGUCAUUCGGGGAUUGAAAGGCAAGUUUUGUAGAGAUUCUCAUCAAUGGUCAUAUCAGGCAACCCAUUUCAUUGCCCCAGAUCCAAUUCGUAGGAAUGAAAAAUUCUUUGCUGCAGCUGCAUCUGCAUCUGGAAGGUAAUAUAUUUCCAACUGCACACGACUAGGUGUGGUUUUUUCUUUAGCUCAUGGUAGAACUACACUGGAAGUUCCUCAAUGUUCUUCACAUUUAUUAGAUUAACGUUCAUAUUAGA